AAACUUGCGCGGCAGCAUCACAUCCGUGGGUAGACUGUGUCUCCACGGCGUUGGGUCGGUAGCUCCCAUUCAUGUGCUACUGGUGAUUGUAGGAGGACGACGGUGGAACGAGGUGUUAAGAAACUGAUCGCCACAUGUCCACGACAACAGCUACCAGGUGACAUCUAUACUCCCGUGCGCGUGGCGCGUCUUUGAUUGUUUUGGACGUCUGGUAGGACAUCUAUCUGUAGUUUAUACAAGUGCAGCUGAUUUCUUCGCCCAGUAUGUCAGCACAAAAAGUGGCCCAGAAUUCAACGCGGGACACUACUGAGUUGGACGUUUUCCUGCCUCAGGAUGGUUCUAACCUCAAGGACGGCGUGAACAGUGGCAAAUACAAAGUGAACGUAACUCCGAAGGACCAAGAGGCUCUCUAUUUCAACAACGAUGACAAGGGCAGUUUCGAUCCAUUCAAGGAGAGGAAGUUGGAUCACCCCACCACGGACUGCGACACGCUGACGCAUCUGCUGAAGGCGUCCCUAGGUACUGGCAUUCUGGCGAUGCCCGACGCCUUCAAGAACGCGGGUCUCACGGCCGGAGUGAUCGGCACGGUCCUCGUGGCAAUCAUCUGCACGCACUGCGCCUAUAUCCUGGUGAAGUGCGCCCACGAGCUGUACUACAGGACGCGAGUGACGGCCAUGAGCUUCGCCGACGUUGGCGAAGUUGCUUUUGCCAAUGGUCCGCCAUGGGCUAGGAAGUUUUCCAAGAUUGCGAGGCAGACGAUUCUCGUGAGCCUCUUCCUGACGUACUUCGGAACGUGCAGUGUGUACACUGUUAUCGUGGGCAACAACUUCCAGCAGGUGAUAGAAUAUCACACCCAAACAGCCCUGGACCAGAGGGUGUACAUCGCAGCUCUACUGCUGCCCCUCAUACUGCUGGGGUGGGUACCAAACCUAAAGUACCUGGCCCCUGUCUCAAUGAUCGCCAACCUGUUCAUGGCUGUCGGCCUUGGAAUCACCAUCUAUUACCUGGUUCAAGAUAUUCCCGACGCAGCCACGCUGCCCCAGUUCAACGCGUCCUUAAACACAAUACCGCAGUUCUUCAGCAUCGUCAUAUUUGCCAUGGAAGCUAUCGGAGUGGUGAUGCCUUUGGAAAACAACAUGAAAUCACCACGUCACUUCCUUGGUCUGGGUGGAGUUCUCAACCAAGGGAUGGCUGGUGUGACUUUGAUCUACAUCCUGUUAGGAUUUUUGGGUUAUCUGAAAUAUGGUGAAAAAACUGAAGGAAGUAUCACCCUGAACCUUCCUCUCGAUGAAAUACCUGCGCAGUCAGUGAAGAUCUUGAUCGCACUUGCAGUUUACUGCACGUACGGCCUUCAGUUCUACGUGUGCCUUGAAAUCGCUUGGAACGGAGUCAAGGAUACUUUCACCAAGCGUCCCGUGAUAUCAGAAUACGCCAUUCGGACAUUCCUCGUUGUUUUAACAAUUGUGCUGGCUGUAGCUGUUCCCACAAUAAGCCCAUUCAUCAGUCUUAUCGGCGCAUUGUGCUUCUCGAUUCUUGGGCUUAUCGUGCCGGCCUUCAUAGAGGUCGUCACAUUCUGGGACCACGGACUUGGACCCGGGCGUUGGAGACUUUGGAAGAACGUUAUAGUCAGCAUAUUUGGCUUGAUGGCACUGGUUUUUGGUUCCUACACUAGCAUAAAAGAAAUUGCGAAACUUUAUACUGAUUCGCCAGAAUCAUGAAAUGUGUACGCAGUUAAUAACACAAGGCUGUUGCACCUCA